AUGCCGUGGCAAUCAGUAUCGUCUCUCUUCGUCGUUGGAGGAAUGUUCAACGUCGUCGCCGGACUUAUGGGUGGAAUCCAUUACUUGUCUGAGGGGAAAUCCAAAGAGCUGGGAAUGUGCGAAAACGAUUUCAAGUAUGGCAUGGAGAAGCGAGAUAUAACAUACAAUAAGUUUGCUGCAGAAGUUCGGAAAUCCAUGAAUUGA